AUGGGAUGGAAGCUGAAGUUUCCGAAUGCAGUGGUGCACAAGCUCACAGAAUCAGGCUCGGAUCAUGCUCCUAUAUUGAUGAAAACUGAACCUCAAUCCUGGUAUAGUAAAAGGCGUUUUAAAUACCAGGAACAAAUUGAGGACCUUCAAGAUAGCCUAGAGGAGCUGCAGGUGGCUGGAAUCAAUGGGGGAGAGGAGAUUACCAGAUUGGAAGAGAAGUUGGAGCUAACAUAUAUGAAAGAAGAGAGCUAUUGGAGAGAAAAAUCUAGAGUCAAAUGGCUAAAAGAAGGAGAUCAGAACACCAAAUUCUUUCACCAGAAAUUUCAAUCAAGGGUGCGAAGGAACAGAAUUUGGAGAUUAGUUGGGAGGAACAAUGAGAUUCCAUCGAAAUUGGAGGAUAUUGCAAAGGUAGCUGAAGACUACUUUUGUGAUAUUUUUACUUCUUCUUGUUCAGUUGAUCCGAAUCCAUAUUUGGAGGAUUUGGAGCCUAAGGUUACAGCUUCCAUGAACCGUAGGCUCCAAAGGCCGGUAACUAUGGACGAGGUCAAAAGAGCUACAUUCAGUGUUCAUGCUCAGAGUACUCCUGUUGGAGGUAACGUUUUUAAGGCAGUGCGAAGUUUCUUUCACAGUGUCAGAAUUCUAAAAAGCUUCAACCAUACUCAAAUUUGUUUGAUUCCAAAGGUGCCAGAUGCCAGUGACAUGACUCAGAGAAGUGGAGCAGAUCAUGAGAUGGCUAUUAAACUAGAUAUGAGCAAGGCUUAUGAUAGGGUUGAAUGGCACUUCUUAUGGUACAUCAUGAAAAAUCUGGGCUUUGAUGCUAAAUGGAUUAACUGGACUAAGGAAUUGGUAACGACUGUUUCUUACUCUGUUGUUGUGGAAGGUCAACCUUUUGGCUACUUUAGGCCAAAUAGGGGCAUACGAUAG